UGUGAGGAAAAGUUUCCCGCGGUGUUAUUUACCCAUUAACCAUACAAGCUGUUUGAAGGCAAGACUGAACAGGUUGCUGGAGGGUGCUGAGACUCUGCAAGUAGCCGUGACAGGACACCGGCCAGAGAGGAAAGGGAUUUUGGCCCGCGUAAAUAACUAAGAGGAGGAGGCGCCUCUCGCGUUGAAGCAGAACCGCUUUAGAUGGAUUCUUCAUGUUUGCUUCAGCCUCAGUGGAGACAGCCUGCUCUGAACACUUACAAGCCGUGACAAUAAGGCGUAAAACAUGACACAUCGCGCUGUAUGGAUAGCCCAAAACAUGAGCUGCGCCCUGCGUGGAAGAAGCGGCUCCGCUGUCCUCUCCGGUGCGCGCUUGGAGCAGAAUGCGCACAGGACAGCUGGUGGGACCAGAUGGAGGGUUCGGAGAAAGGAUAGACAGGGGAUUACCUCUGUAAUGUCAGCAAAGGCCAAGGUGCUGCUGUGGGUGCUCCUCUCUCUGCUGCCUCUCGUGGAAGGAGCCCAUAUGAAAGCUGGUGCUGCUGGUGUGGGCUCAGACUCGGGCCAUGCCGCCGGCCUGCUGGCAGGCCAGGAGGAACGAGAGCUUCCUGUGACGCUGCCAGAGGUGUUGGAGGACGAGGAGCAGGAAGACGACAGUGACCCUUACUCUACUUGGCACGCUCUGUAUGACCCCUUUGUAACAGAUGAGGUGGAUGACCAUCCCAGUAGUCGCUGGGUGGGGCGCUCGCCACGCUCCUCUGACCCCUCAGAACCUCAACCCAGCGGAUCACCAAAGAAAAAGAAGAAGAGGAAGAAGAAAGAAAAGGAGGAAGGGGAAGAGACGGGAAAAGCCGACAGAAAGGGUAAAGGUAAGAGCAGGCAGCCCAAACAGAGCAGCAGGGACUGCCGUGUGGAGAAGAGAGAGAUGAGGGUUCGGGACCUGGGCCUGGGCUUUGACUCCGAUGAGAUUGUCCUCUUCAAGUUUUGCGUGGGCUCCUGCCAGUCUUCAAGAACAAACUACGACCUGGCACUGAAAGCGCUGCUGGACAACGGCUCGCUGCCCCGGCGCACCGCCCGCAAGGUUAGCAACCACCCCUGCUGUCGGCCCGACCGGUACGAGCCGGUUUCCUUCAUGGACGCCCAGACCACGUGGAGGACCAUCCAGUCGUUAUCAGCUGCCAGCUGCAUGUGUAUGGGCUGAAGACACCAACCAGGGAGAAGGUGGCGAGGACGGGUGUCACCCAUCCUGAACAGAGAGGAGUCAAGGGGCUCAGGGUGAGGAAGGCCUGGGUACAGGGAAGAGCCGGAGGGUGGGCGCUGUAACACACAGAGCAAGGAAGUGACAGAGGCCACUUGUUGGUUUCCUGUGGUGUAUUUCCUGUCGAGGAGGAAGAGUGCAGCUGGAUGAUUCAGGUGAAAAGGUCAAAAUCAGAGACUGAUGGAAAACGCGGAUGCUAGAUCGGACCCGCCAGGCACGUCAACGUCACCACACGAGCAUACUGUGCAGGCGUCAACACUUGGGCUUCCUGUCCAUCAUUGCAGCCGGACAUUGACCGUAACGGAGUAUAGCGGCACUUUCUACCGGUAUAAAUCACCAAUAAAGGCUUCUAAACCAAAAAACGACACAGCUGGACAUGUUCCAGAAGCAAAUGUGAUCCCAAAUUGAGGAGAAAUUAACGACAUCUGCACUAAGAUUACAGGUUUCCCUGACGUUAGCCUGUUGCUGUAGCCUGGAAAUCCAGACCCAAAUCCGAAAGAUUAAGGGUCUGUCGAUGAGUAAUGAAAAUGGCCCAA